ACAGGUAAGCUUAUAUGAUAUUUAUUAUCUCAUCGUUUCUGAAAAAAGAAUGGUAUAUUUAAUGUCUCCUUCACUCCUAGCCAUACCUAUGGUGGUGGUUGGACUUCUAUGGUUUUAUAUACAUUCCCGAUUAACAGGUGCCAAGAAACAGCCCCCCGGUCCACGAGCCUUGCCGGUAAUUGGGCACCUCCAUCUGUUAGGGAACCUCCCACACCAAUCCCUUGCCCAUUUAGCCAGAAAAUAUGGACCUUUGAUGUCCGUGAAGUUAGGUUCUAAGCCAACCAUUGUGGUAUCAUCACCUGAAGCUGCUGAACUAAUUCUCAAGACCCACGACGCUGUUUUCGCAACCAGGCCCAAACUCAUAUCCACCGACUACAUCUACUAUGGUGCCAAGGGCGUGGGCUUCACCCCAUAUGGCUCUUAUUGGCGUAAUGUUAGGAAACUUUGUACUAUCCAUCUUCUUAGUGGUUCCAAGGUGGAUUCCUUUGCACCCAUGAGAAGGGAAAAUCUUGAAAUGCUUAUUGGGUCGCUAAGGAAAUCAGUUGGAGUGUCUGGAGUUGUGGAUUUGACCCUAACUUUGAGUGAGUUAAUAGAGAAUAUCACAUUCAAGAUGGUUUUUGGGCGCAUCAAAGAUGAUGAAUUUGACAUUAAGGGAUUAGUAGCUGAGGUUAUGUUCUUGGCUGGAGCUUUCAAUAUAUCUGACUAUGUGCCUUACCUAAAACCACUAGACCUUCAGGGGCUGGAAAGACGUUUGAAGGCAUUUAGUAAAGAAAUGGACAAACUGCUAGAAAAAAUCUUAAAUGAACAUGAUCAGGAAGAUGGUGAAGUGAAGCCGAGACAAGAUAUGGAUUUUAUCGACACAUUGCUUUCAUUGAUGAAUCAACCCAUGAAUUCGAAUGAUAUUGAGGCAUCAUCAUAUUCGGUUGAUCGAACAAAUAUCAAAGGUAUGUUAAUGGACAUGCUGCUUGGUGCAUUUGAAACUAGUUCUACUUCGGUUGAGUGGAUAUUCUCAGAGCUUCUUAGGCAUCCACGGGUAAUGAAAUGUCUUCAAGAGGAGUUAGAGAGUGUGAUUGGAAUGAAGAGAAUGGUGGAGGAGACAGAUUUGGCAAAGUUGAAUUAUUUGGAUAUGGUGAUAAAGGAAACUUACAGACUUCAUCCUGUUGCUCCCCUUUUAAUUCCUCGAGAAUCAAUGGAGGAUAUUGAAAUUGACAGAUACAUUAUAUCGAAAAAAGCUCGAAUAAUUGUGAAUACUUGGGCAAUUGGACGAGAUCCGAAGGUGUGGUCGAGCAAUGUGAACGAAUUCUUGCCUGAAAGGUUUGGUAGUAGAGACAUUGAUCUCAAAGGGCAUCACUUUCAACUUCUUCCAUUUGGUUCGGGACGAAGAGGUUGCGCAGGAAUGCAAUUAGGCCUGACCACAAUUCGGCUUAUUACGGCACAGCUUGUGCACUGCUUCAAUUGGGAACUCCCCAAUGGCACCACUCCUUCUGAUUUGGACACGACUGAAAAGUUUGGCCUCUCUCUCCCUAGAGCCAACCACUUGCUUGCAUUACCCACCUCGUAUCGCCUACUUUCUUAAGAGUUAAUAACCAAGAUAUAUGUACUUCUUGAUUCCUGCAAGUCAUUUCAUUUUCUCUCUAUCGUUUACUUAAUUAUAAUGAAUACAAUAAGAUCGAUAUGAUCACAUUGGAUUCAGUCCUA